GUCGCAGGUAGGAAAAGGCGGAAGUGGCCGAACUGAAGCGGGAGGAAAGAGGGAAAAAGAAAAAGCGAAAUUGAAACGAAUAUUAAAUUGAAACGAAUAUUAAAAGACGUUGUGAGGAAGCGUUUGCGACCGAUUAUAGCAACCCCAUCUUCUCGACCCACCAUGGGCCUGUGUGACGGCCUGUCCCACUGCAAGCUGGCGCUGGCCUUCGCCGUGCUCAUGGACGUGCUCGGGGCCGUCGCCCUGCUUAUGGGCGUCUUUGCCCCCCUGGAGGUGAAAGGUCAAGACUUCGGGGACUUGCUUGUCUAUACCGGAGCCCUGUUGGUCCUGAUGUCGCUGUGCGGCUGGGUGCUGUGGUACAGCGGCAACAUCGAGGGACUGACGCACAAGAAGGAGCUGGGGCACGUCGGCAGCGCCGUCGACCGCCUCGCUCGCAACCUCAGCCGCAAGAUCCUCACGUACAGGAUCCACCGCUGAGGAUGGGGGGCUCGCCUACGUCAGCCUGUUUUCAAGUUAUUACCAGCUUGUCUGCAACAUUUCAACCUUGGUCUUCUGUUACACUUCAUAUUUUGACAUUUGAUACGGUCAUUUAGCAGAUUUUUUUUUACAUUUCAAUAAAGCUUUUUCAUAUUU